GACAUAGAAGCUGACUAGGACUUUAACUUGCUCCCUUAAAAAUAUUAUUUUUCUAGAUUCCAGCAGCUUUCACUAUGCAUUGCAGUGACGUCUUCAUUAGUGUCUUAUUUUUCACAUACAGCAGUUGUGCUCUGGACACAUUCACAGCAGCAGUUUAUGAACAUGUCCCUUUAUUUCAAAAUCCGAAUCAAGCACCUGUUCAAGAAGAAGCUUUGGCUCUUAUGAAUAAAAACAUAGAUGUUUUGGAGCAAGCAGUGGAGACAGCAGCACAAAAGGGAGCACACAUCAUUGUCACGCCAGAAUAUGCAAUCUGCUGUUUAGAUCUCUCUAGAGAGACUGUAUAUCCAUACCUUGAAGAUAUACCAGACCCCGAGGUGAACUGGAUUCCAUGUUCUGAUCCACACAGAUUCGGCCGAGCACCUGUACAAAACCGACUGAGCUGCAUGGCAAAAAAUAACUCAAUUUAUUUGGUUGCAAACUUUGGGGACAAAAAAGUGUGCAAUAACAGUGAUAAGAAUUGCCCUGAAGAUGGUCAUUACAUCUAUGAUACAACUGUUGUGUUUGAUACUGAAGGGAAAUUAAUUGCACGCUACCACAAGUAUCAUCUCUUCCUUGGCGAAACUCAGUUCAACAGACCAAAAGAACCAGAAAUUGUUACUUUUGACACACCCUUUGGGAAGUUUGGAAUUUUUAUCUGUUAUGACAUACUGUUUCAUGAUCCUGCCAUUACCUUGGUCACUCAACACAACAUCGACACUGUUAUAUUUACUACCGCGUGGUUUAAUACUCUUCCCCACUAUAGUGCAGUUCAAUUCCACUCUUCUUGGGCAAUGGCAAUGGGAACCAACCUACUGUCAUCAAACAUUCACAACACUAGCAUGGGAAUGACAGGAAGUGGUGUUUUUUCUCCUGAUGAGCUUGGCCCUUAUUACUACAACAAACAUACCGAUGAGGGGCAUUUGGUUAUCUCAAAACUAAGCUCACAUCCAAGAAAAAGUAAACUAUUUUCCUCUGUCAAAUGGGAUGCUUAUGCAUCAAAUAUUAACCAUCUUUCUCCAGGAACCAAAACUUUUAAUGGCACAAUAUUCAUUGACAGUUUUACCCUGACUGAACUCCAGGAUGCUCAGGGAAUUCACUCGGUCUGCCACAAUCAUUUAUGCUGUCAUUUAAAUUACAGUAUGGUAGAGAAGCGAAAUGAGGAUGUUUAUGUUUUUGGUGCUUACGAAGGUUUUCACGGUCCGCACAAAGUUUUCCAUGUACAGGUGUGCACUGUACUGAAAUGUAAUAGCCUAGAAACAUGCAUUAAUGCUGCUGAAACUGCCUCAACUAGGUUUGAAUGGUUUUCGCUGAGUGGCACAUUUAACACUACGUAUGUGUUUCCUGAAGUCCUCCUUAGUGAUGUCCAACUGGCUCCAAGAAUGUUUCGGAUACUGAAUGAUGGGCGCCUUGUAAGCCUCCCUGACAUAGCAUCCAAACCACUCCUAAGCAUCACUCUUCUGGGAAGAAAUUAUGAAAAGGAUCCUGCUAUGAACCUGUCUUUGUUAACAUAAAGUCUUCACUGUACAUUUAGUGGACAAUGUGCCAGAUCAUAAAACAAAAAUGUUAAAAGAGAUGGCUUGGUGCAUGCUGCUAUAUAUUAAGGUUCUGGGUAGCAAACAGGCUGUUUAUCUCUAACUGGAUUAAUAAAGACUACAUUGC